AUGAACCGACGGCUUUCAACAAUAAUUUUGCUUGCAGCCGCCGUUUCUAUCGCUGCGCAAAUACAGACAGUUUCAUCACAAGCGUACAACCCUUGUACGGAUAGCCCGUGUGGCAUCGGCGGCACGUGUAGCUGGGACACUCAAUACACGUGGACGUGUUCGUGCUAUAGCGGGUACGCGGCCUUCACCACUUCAUUCGACUUGUCCGGCAUAACCGUCUCCGGGCAGACGUGUGUUUCUUCAAGCUCCUCCCCUUCUUACUCCUCCCCAUCCUACUACUCCUCCCCAUCCUACUCCUCCCCCUCCCCUCCUUCCACCAACUCCUCCUCCUCCUCUUCCUCCUCGGGUCUGUCCACAGGAGCAAUAAUAGGCAUAGUGGUGGGCGUGAUUCUGCUGCUGCUACUGCUCGGGGGAGUCGGUCUCUUCCUCUGGUUCAGGCACAAGAGCAAGGCCAGUGGGGCUGAUAAGCCUGGCCAGGCGUACGGGGGAACUGCGGCAGUAGGGGCUGAUCUAGAGGCGAAUAAGGGGUAUGCUAACCCGUAUUAUGCGGGCGGGGGGGGCGGAGGCGGAGGGGGAGGCCUUGGGGGAAGUGGAGGCGGGAGCGGGGGGUGGGGAGGUGGGGGAGGGGGGAGCGGGGGGAAUGGCAUGGCGGCUCCUGUGGCAGGGGGAUACGGGGGAUCGGGAGGGGCAGGAGGGGGAGGAGCAGCAGCAUAUGGGGCGGCAGCAGCAGGAGCAGCGGGAGCGUAUGGGGCGGCAGGGGGGGGAUAUGCAGCAGCAGCAGGGCCUCAGGCGGGGAUGGGAUCUGGGUCUGGGUCUGGGAACGUCAUUCACCCCAUGUACAUGGGAAGUGGCAUGUACCAGCAGCAGCAGCCACAUCAGCAUGCCAACGUGGCACAGCAGCAGCAGCAGCAGCAGCAGCAGCAAGCAGCAGCCUUCCAAUCACCUCCGUCCGUCUGUCAGCAAUUCGCCCUUGCUGACCUGGCGCGGGCCACGGGUGGCUGGGCAGAGAGCAACCGGAUUGGCAGUGGGAGCUUUGGUGACGUGUAUAAGGCUGUCAGUCCCUUCGAUCCCUCUGUGCUGUGGGCCGUGAAGCGAGCGCGCGUGCUGACAAAGGACUUUCAGCGAGAGGUGGCAGCCAUGGCGACAAAGCACCACCCCAACCUGGUGCGGCUACUCGGCUACUGCAUCGAUAUGCACCCAGCAGCACCGCACUCCACCCAGGGCGAACUGAGCAUGGAGCAGAUAGUGGUGUACGAGUUCAUGGCCAACGGGGACUUGGAGCGGUGGGUGGGGGAGGGGGCGGCACAGCCGCUGGCGGUGGCGCAGCGCGUGGCGGUGCUCAUCGGGGCGGCCCACGGUAUCGAGUAUCUGCACAGCUUUGGCAUCGUGCACCGCGACAUCAAGCCCGCCAACAUCCUCCUAGAUGACAAGCUCGAGGCCAAGGUAGCGGACUUUGGGUUGCUGAGGCAGAACGAGGGCACGACGGUGGGAGACACUCGCAUCAUGGGCACACCGGGUUAUGUGGACCCCGCUUACUUCAAAUCCAACAAGGCCACCCCCAUGGCCGAUGUGUACAGCUUUGGCAUUCUCAUUCUGACCACAAUGUCGGGCAACAGAGCUCUCGAGGCGGAUGAGAACGGCAACAAUUUCAACGUCAGGAAGUGGGCGGAGUCGUUAGUUGCGGCUGGUAAAGCGGAGGAAUUAAAAGACCCACGAUUGGACGCCCAGGCAGAUUUGAUUCUACGGCUGGCGCAGCUGGCGCUGCGCUGCACGGCCAUGCCGACCGUGUCUCGUCCUGACAUGAUCCAGGUGGUAUCUGAGCUCACGGCACUCAGGAAGGAAUAUCUGGGGAAGGUGUCAUCUAGGAUGGCUGAGAGGAUUGACGAGGAGGUGGAUGCCCUCCCUGUUUUCCUCUCCCUUUCCCCCUGUCCUCCUCUCCCUUUCCCCCUGUCCUCCUCUCCCUUUCCCCCUGUCCUCCUCUCCCUUUCCCCCUGUCCUCCUCUCCCUUUCCCCCUGUCCUCCUCUCCCUUUCCUCCUGUCCUCCUCUCCCUUUCCCCCUGUCCUCCUCUCCCUUUCCCCCUGUCCUCCUCUCCCUUUCCCCCUGUCCUCCUCUCCAUUUCCCCCUGUCCUCCUCUCCCUUUCCCCCUGUCCUCCUCUCCCUUUCCCCCUGUCCUCCUCUCCCUUUCCCCCUGUCCUCCUCUCCCUUUCCCCCUAUCCUUCUCUCCCUUUCCCCCUGUCCUCUCCAUUUCCCCCUGUCCUCCUCUCCAUUUCCCCCUGUCCUUCUCUCCCUUUCCCCCUGUCCUCCUCUCCCUUUCCCCCUGUCAUCCUCUCCCUUUUCCCCUGUCCUCCUCUCCCUUUCCCCCAGUCCUCCUCUCCAUUUCCCCCUGUCCUUCUCUCCCUUUCCCCCUGUCCUUCUCUCCCUUUCCCCCUGUCCUUCCCUCCCACCUUUCCUCCCCCUCUCUCACAUCCCUUCCCUUUCCUACUGUCCUCUCCCACCAUUCACGCUUCUCUCAGCCAUCCCUUUCCCCCCUCCCCUGCCCCUCGCCUUCCCCCACUACCGUCCCUUCCCUUUCCACUACGUUCUCUCGUUCAAUUCAGCCAACAGUACCAGCUUUGCUUGGCCACUGA